AUGGCCUGUCCUUGCCAAUGUCACUCAGAGAGCUCACUGUCCAUGCUCCUGUGCCCAGAGCCCACUCAUGUGAAGGCUGCAUUGGAAGGUCUGAGUAGGUCUGCUCAGGAGAGCAAAAAGCAGAUGGUGGAGGAGAUAGUGAAGGCUCCUAAGAGAGAGAGCUACACCAGGGCACUAGAACAUUUACUCAGCUCCACAGACUCAUGGUGAGUGCAGAUUGAUACUACUUGUGGGCACGUUACAGUUUUGUCAAAAUAACUUCCUGUUUACACCUGAGCUCUCAAACAACCCAUCACGUACUCUAUUCCUAAAGGUGUGUCAUGCAAACAUACCUUGUGAUCAAGAAUGCAUUAUGAUAUUCGUGUGUGUACCUAUACAGUACAAUGUUUUCAUUUACUGUAAUAAAUAAGUAAUUAGUCCAUGUACAUCAAAGUUUGUGCUGCAAAGGCAAAAUGCCUUGUCUUUCAAGUAAACAGUUGUAUACCCUCCUAUGCAGUGAGAGGAAAAGUCUUCCCUGCCUUGUAGGGGACUCGCUUUGUGUUCCCAUAACAGCAAGGUCCCCACCCUGAACUCUGAACACCAAUAAGUGAUAUGGCGGCUGGUUUCCCUUGACUAUGCCUGAGUUUAACGUGACUACUGAAUGUGACUACUGAAGAAAAUCAUGUUUACUGCUGUUUGUAAUUUAUAUAACCAUGGUUCCGAGACGCACAUACGUAAAUCUCUAAAGCAUAUUAAUGUCAGGCUUUACGCUGACUGGUGGUAAAUGUUUUCCCCCCUGCUCAUUCAGGCUUUGCAGUACUGCAGCCUAUCAUCUUGGAGUCCUGGUGGAGAGAGAGGAGGUUGUGCAGCAGCUGCAGGCUCCAAAGGGCAGCAACAGCCUUGUUGGGGCUCUAGGGCAGCUCCUAACCAGAGAUGAUCCAGACAUUGUGAUGAAUGCUGCUGGCGCCUUAGCCUCUUUGGUAAUAGAGUGUGUGUGUCUGUGCGCGUGUGCGUGGGGGUGGGGGUGUAAAAGAGAGUAUGUGUGGGGCAGCCUUACCAGUGACCCCCUCUGUCUUGAAUCAUCCCCUUCUCUCAGGUUGAGAGCUCGGCUGGACGUGAGUGGCUACUGAGAGACCAGGCUGUGUUUGGGCAGGUCUUGAACAGCCUGUUGACCCUGCUGGACCAGGGACGGGAGAGCAUGGUGAACUCUGCUGCCCUGAUCCUGGCCAGGCUGUCCCUGUGUGAGGUGGCCUGCCAAGGCCUGUUACGCCACCCCUCAGCCCCCAGCACCUUGGGCUGCCUGGUACAAUGCCUGGCACACAGCCAUACAGGUCAGAGCUAAGGACGCGGGGGGAUAAGGUCUUGUGUGGCAAAAUAUAGUGCUGCUAAUGCACUGCACUAUUGAACCCAAAAUGCCAGUAGGAAUGGUUUUAUUGCUUCGCUAGUCGGGAUGUUUCAUCAAAUGUUGACACUGACAGGUUUUCUUGUUUGACAGAUAAACGUUUAGCCGCAUGCUUCUAAUGGCUGUGUUUUUCACUUCUAAUAGACACUGCUAUGAAUGCAGCCUUUGCGUUGGGCCGUCUGUGUGGAAGUGAAAGAGGCAGGAGUCUCAUUCUGACAUUUGCACCAGAGUACCAACUGGUAAGACACAGUACACAUCUGUUGAGGAGAACAGUGGAUUUUGGAAUAAAUGGUCGAUUUUGAAUCCACACCAAGCUCUGUUAUUCAAAAGGGUCUUGUUCUUUUCAACUCUCCAGGUUCACAGUCUACAAGCCCUUAUGAGUGAGCUGGCUGGGCCAGAGGCAGGACAGACAGCCUGUUUUGCAUUGAGUUGCCUAGUAACAGAAGAAGAUGGACACGCUCUGGUGCUGGGUAGCUCCUCCCUCCCCAGCCUGCUUGAUGCUCUUCUCUACCGCUUACAAACAGAAGACCAGGAUAGUGCCUGGUUCGCUGCCAUGUACGUAUGUCACUCACUCCUCCAUCUUACACCCUAGGGCCUAGCUCAUUCCAUGAUUAAGAAGCGUUAGUAGUCUCACUGUCACUGUACCACUAAAGAACAUGGAACAUGGAAAAUAUUUGACAAUCUAUCAUAGUGAAGUCAGAUAGAUAGCUAGCUGAAGCACACUCUCUCACCCUCCCCUCCCUUUCUUGGUCUCACAGGGCAGUGAAAGUAUUUGUGUCACGACCGGCUGGAGUGUUACAAGUGCGAGAGCACAGGUUCCUGAAGGAGCGACUGAAGGUUGUCUUAUUACAGUACUCUCUGGAACAUUUCUGUUGAACCAGGUUAUGCUUAUGUACCUGGAAUGCAGUGUUUGCUUGGUUGGUCAGUUAUUACAUAGCCUAUAGAUACUUUUUUCAAUAUCAAUAGGAUGUAAAUUACUAUAUCUAUCAUAUUACUAUAUAAAAGUUUGAUUUAAUAUAUCAAUAUCCAUUAACAGUUAUCAAUUGUUGGUGCCUUGUAGCUCAGUUGGUAGAGCAUGGCGCUUGCAACGCCAGAGUUGUGGGUUCGAUUCCCACGGGGGGCCAGUAUGAAAAUGUAUGCACUCACUAACUGUAAGUCGCUCUAGAUAAGAGCGUCUGCUAAAUGACUAAAAUGUAAAAAUGGUAUAACUGUACAUUGAAAUGACAAUAGCAAUUCAUGGAAAUUAAAUUGUCUUGCAUUUAUUAUGUUGUCUCAAUCCCUUUCUGACUCUCUCCUCCAGUCUCUCUCCAGCUCUCCCUCCAUAGGCAAGGAUCUCAGGGAGGAAGUGAACUCAUGUCUAAGGAAGCUGGAGCCACUUGUCAAGCCGUUGCCCCCGACAACUAGACGCCUCCCAUCUGGGGCCUGCACUGUGUCAUGGGAGAAGUGUUUCCCUGAGUGUGGCCUAGAGGUCACUUACAGGUCAGCUGGAUGCAAGAAUGUUAUUAUAGGGACCUUUUCACCAAAUAGACCUCCUCAUAAUAUUCUUAGAGGAAACCAAAUAAUAUCAAAGAGUGCUAACAAACAACCUAUUUCACAUUGUGGCAUACUGGCAUUUAACAUAGAAUUGCAGAAAUAACAAACAAAUACUAAAAGGAAUCCUUUUAGCAAUAAGCUGAUAUGGGGUCUCUUUUUCUGUCCUCAGCCUUCUGGACAGAGAGACAGUUCUGUAUCGUGGAACCCAAUGUCAUGUGACUUUACCGGUUUCAGUCCUCAAACCUGGACAUGAGUUCUCACUCCGACUGAUCCAUUCUACCUCUGAUGGGGACACCAGCUCCUGCAGCGAGCCCGUGCUAUUGGCCAUAGAAUCAGAGGGGACGGGGACAAGGCCUGGUCCUCCACAGGAGCUGCGUGUGAUUGGAUGCACAACGUCUCAUGUGCGACUGAGUUGGGUUGCGCCGGCGGGUGAACUGAAGCCCAAGGUGUAUCAACUGUAUCGUGGAGAAACACUCCUAGAUACCACAACAGAGCUGAAGUAAGUUAUGCUGUAACAAUCAAUAUAGAUUUUUAAACAGCUCCUUUUGAGUAAAGAUUCAUUGUCGUCCUCCACACAACAGCCUGAAAUGUUAACCAUAACACCAAACUUAAAUUGUACUAUGUUAUUUGCCAGGGCUGUAGUGGGUGGUCUGUCCCCAGGGACCCUGUUCCAGCUGGGUGUGUGUGCAGUGGGGCCUGGGGAAGAGGUGGGCCCCUGUGCGGAGGUGGAGGUCCGUACAGCCAAGGACCAGGACCACGCACCCAGCGGCCUGACCAUGGUGGUGCUGGGCAGGCAUGAGCUCCAGAUCAUGUGGGGCGCUCCCCUGGUGCCCCUGGGUCGCCUGUUCAACUACGAGCUGAGGUUGAACGGCCGCGUGGCUUACCUGGGCACGGAGCGUGCUCACACUGCCCGCCAUCUGGCCGCCAACACGGCCUACACCUGUACUGUAACGGCCAUCACCACCAGAGGGCGCUCUCAGAGCCAGUCCGUCACUAAGAGGACUGCCCGCGACGAGUACCCACACACACAGAGGUGAGAAGAGGAGAAACAAUCAGAUUAUAUCUAUAACAUGUAGCUUGUGUGACUGAAUCUAUGCAUUGAGAGGGUGGACUUAAAGAGUAUUCAAUCUCGAGUGAUGCUCUUUCCCAUGUGUGUGGGACAUAACCCAAGCCACGGUGUUGUUACAUUCUGUCCGUCUGGCUGCCUAUCAGGUGUCUGUACUCCCCCAGCCGUCAGCCUCCUCCUAAGACUCAUCCAUCACCCCCAUCAAUCACAGAGGCAACAGAGGUCAGACGAAAGGUCACAGAGGUCAGGGAAAAGGCCAUGAAACCCCACUCUACACACAGCCAUCUGACCAAGGUCCAUCUGUCCAGCAGGCGAUACAGAGGGACUGACCACAACAGAGAGAGACACAGGUUACCCUCAUGUCAUAGGGGAGAUCAUGUUGACGUGUAGAUUUGUUGUGUGAUUUUAUACUUGCUCUUUUCUUUGUCUUUCUCCAGGCAGCCUUUGGUCUCCACUUCAUCUUCUGGCUGUGAGAGCAGCAAAAUGGAAUCAUCUGAGGUAGGCCUACCUACACUUUGAUAUCUUAGACAGUGCCGUAACAAAGCCAUUUUUGGGGGAAUCCAAGUGCUAAUGAUUUAUCCUGUUUUACUGUAUUUCUUUGUUCUAGAUGAUGACCAUGGGGCUGGUGAAUGGAUAUGAUGCAAAGGCCUUAUGGAGGAGAGCCAAAGAGAGGGCAGGAGUGUCCGUCUGCCCUGCUGUGCUUCCUGUCCGGCCCCUGCUCCAUCUACAGGCUAAGACUGAGGAAAACCUACUUGAGAGGCAGUCCCACCGUGGCAUGGACCAGCCUUUAGACCCAUCAUGCCUCAGGGCCCAAAUAAGCCCAGGUAGGUAGUCUGUCUAGACAUCCUGGUUGUCUCCAACCAUUUUCAAAUGUUCCUUAACACGUCUGUACGUAAUAGAAGGUCAGUUUGGCAUAGAGGAACUACGUCACUGCCUAUGUCACUACCUUAUCCGCUUGAAUAAAAUAGGAAAUAGUAGCUGGCAAGAUGGCGAUCACAGAGGUUAUUUUUUACUUUAGCGCAGUUGCCAAAAGAGUAAUUGAAAACAGAACCUAGUCACUGCUGUUGCCUAGGGUCAGGUUUUCGAGACUACCAGGUAGGUUGUAUUUGUGUGUCAGAUAGAUAGAGGCUUCACUGGUCAUGCGUAAUGGUGCACCUAUUGUAUAACCCCAGGGAUGCUUCUCCAGUGGAGUGCUCUCAGAAGAGGACCCAGAGACCGAGGAAAACUGCCCUGUAUCCCCCAUCAUAUAGGUGAAUAUGUUACAUUUUAGCAACAACACAAAUGCACUAUUCCUGUCACACAAAUCUGUUUCUGUCUAUGUCUGUGCUUGUGUUUAUGUCUGCUUGUGGUGGUACAUACAACAGAUGCAGUGAAGUUAGUCGAUCCCAUUCCUCCCUCCUACACACAACAGGACUGGACAGGAAACUAUAAAGACAAGCUGCUGAGAGACAGGUACGGGCUCUGUUGACUUUUCAUCUGGAACUUGAAUGCUCUUCUGUCUUUCAAUAUUGUGUUCUACCUUGACUUCCCUUCCUGUAACCCUAACCCUCUGUCUGUGUUCAUCUCUGUCCUAGGACAAGGCUUUUGACAGGACCGAGAGUGCAGAGCGAAAUCAGAGGAAGAUAUCCUCUAACAACAAACUGGACCAAGCUAAGCUGAUAAUGAUCCGCAGAGGAAAGCAUGGGUUUACACUGAAAAAUCUAAAACGAACAGAGAAUGGUGCUUCUUCAGAGAAUGGGGUUUGGGGGCUUGUCUCAAUACCAGUGAUUUUCAUAAAGACUGUGUGAAUGGAAAAAAUUAAGAAUCAACACUGUUUGUUCUUUAGUAUUAACGGACAGAAUUAGAUUUUGUAAACAUUUUAUUUUUAUUUUGAUGCCCUUGUUUGUUUCAAAUCACUGAUGUUCAAUUAGUGA